AUGCAUUCUCCAAGUUCCUCAUCACUUCAUUCCUUCAUUAGGCCAACCGUGCAAGGCGGACGGUCUUUCUGUUUUAGCGCAUUAAAGCGUCCUGCGUGUUGUACCAUCGUCGCUCACAGUGAGAAAACACGUGCAGCUUUACGUUCUCCACUUGAUCUGGGAGAACAUUUUAUGACAUCAGCGUGCUUGGUGUCCUGUAUUACUCUAACUGAACGAAGGAUUCUCAUCAGGUAA